UUUACUCCCCUCUUUUUUAUUUCCCCCCUGAAUCUCGUUUUGGCUGUGGCUCUGCAGAAGGCAACCUUGGCUAAGCAAUGGGAGCCGCGCGUGUGCUGGGAGUGUGUUUGAGGGUGGUUUCCCCCCCUUCUUGUUCUCUUGCAGGGUACAAUGUUAAAAAGCCACCGCUAGUCGCCCCCAGUGCUCCUACUCUCUAGGUCUUUUUUGUCUCUAGUGCAGAUUAAACGUCACGUCCGCACUUGAACUUGAAUUUUAUCCCAUUGUACGGAGGCAGACCCAGCCAUAGAGAGAUUGAGCGCUCCCAGGGAACCAGGACUCCGCCAUCUUCACAUUGCAAUAUAUCUCCUAGUAAUAGCCAGCACUCACCCAGAAGCACUGGGGGGCUUCCUUCCUAUCAAGACCUUGUGCCAAGCGAGGGGAGGGGGAAAAAGCACUGGUAAAAGGGGUGCAAGCAAAGCAAAAAAAAAAAAAAAAGCAAAAAAAAAAAACCAACCUCAAACAGUAGCACUUGAACUGGCAAAGAGGAGACACAGUUUGGGCUAUCCCUUUAAAAAAAGCAAAGCAAAAAAGAAUUCUAACUCAGCAAGGGUAUUUUUGUUGCAUUUUUCUCUGCGUGUGGGCAAAUACCAAUUUUUCUACUUUUGUGCGAGCGUGUAUGAAUAUAAUUCAAUUUUCAUUUCUUUUUUCCUUUUUUAAAGAAAACCCUCCUGAUGGAAGAAGUGCACUUUGCUUUUUCCCCCCCUUCUUUUUCUUCUAACCACUCUGGAAAAAUAAAUGUCAGCGCUUGGUGAAGUUCAAGAAAAGAUCUGGAAGCUGUGGAAAAGGAAAACAAAAACCAAACAACCCAAAAGACAGUUGUCUUAUGAAAAUAAAAGCCAAGCCUCCCCCACUUCAUGUAUGAUGUUUGUUUAAUUGGACGAAGAACCUCAUCCUGAGAACGUCAAGGGGGGAAAAGUGCUUCUCUCUUUCGAGUUCUUUAUUUUCUUUUUAAAAGAAGAAAUCCGUCAAGAAGAGCAUAGAAGAAGAAGAGGAGGAGGAAGACGACCGCUCCCCCCCUCCUCCGCUCCCCCUUACCUAAGUCCAGCUCUCCGGGCGAUGACCGUGUAAAUGCCAGGGCAAUGUCCCGUCGCAAGCAGGGGAACCCGCAGCACUUAUCACAAAGGGAAAUUAUCACGCCAGAGGCUGACCACGUGGACACUGCCAUCAUCACCCAUGAGGAUGAGAGCCUAGCACUAGGAGACCCGGUUGGGCUCAGCAUUGCGUUGGGUGGAACAGACCCUGACCUAUUAACCUGUGGACAGUGUCAGAUGAACUUUCCCCUGGGAGACAUCUUGGUUUUUAUAGAGCACAAGAAGAAGCAGUGCCAUGGCGCUGGUGGUGCCUGCUACGAAAAGAACGUGGAUAAGAGCAGUCCUCCCCCUCCAUCACGCUCCGAGCUCAGGAAAGUGUCAGAGCCAGUGGAAAUCGGGAUCCAAGUCACACCCGAUGAAGAAGACCGUGUUCUCACACCUACAAAAGGAAUUUGCCCCAAGCAGGAGAACAUUGCAGGGCCGUCCAGGCCUGCAAAGCUGCCGGCGGCCUCCAUAACUGCCUCCUCCCACCCUCAUGCAUCAGUGAUCGCACCGCCACCUCUCCGUGCUCUAACCUCAGUCCCGCCCUGCCUGAGCCUGCCCUGCUGUGGUGCGCGCGCAAUCUCAGUUGGCGGGUCUCAGAGUGAGACAUCAGGCACAUUUGGAUGUCAUUGUCAGUUGUCAGGUAAAGAUGAGCCUUCAAGCUAUAUUUGCACAACAUGCAAGCACCCUUUUAAUAGCGCUUGGUUCUUGCUUCAGCAUGCCCAGAAUACACAUGGAUUCCGCAUCUACUUGGAAACUAGCCCUUCAAACAGCUCCCUUACUCCACGCAUCACCAUCCCUCCUCCUCUGGGACCCGAGACUGUUGCACAGUCCCCGCUGAUGAAUUUCCUAGGCGACAAUAACCCUUUUAGUCUCUUGCGAAUGACAGGUCCCAUCCUGCGUGAUCAUCCUGGCUUUGGUGAAGGUCGGCUUCCUAAUACACCUCCCCUCUUCAGUCCGCCACCUCGUCAUCAUCUGGAUCCACAUCGCCUUAGUGCCGAAGAAAUGGGGUUAGUUGCCCAGCAUCCUAGUGCCUUUGACAGAGUCAUGCGUUUAAACCCCAUGGCAAUUGAGUCGCCAGCGAUGGAUUUCUCCAGAAGGCUUCGAGAACUGGCAGGAAACAAUGCCACUCCACCACCAGUCUCGCCUAGUCGCAGCAACCCUAUGCAUCGCUUAUUGAAUCCUUUCCAGCCAAGCCCUAAAUCUCCUUUUCUGAACACCCCUCCAUUGCCACCAAUGCCUCCAAGCAGCACUACGCCUCCUCAGCCUCAGGCAAAGAGUAAGUCAUGUGAAUUUUGUGGAAAAACCUUCAAGUUUCAGAGCAAUCUCAUUGUCCACCGGCGCAGUCACACAGGAGAGAAGCCCUAUAAAUGCCAACUCUGUGACCAUGCUUGUUCCCAAGCCAGCAAAUUAAAACGCCAUAUGAAAACACAUAUGCACAAAGCUGGAUCCAUGACAGGGAGGUCCGAUGAUGGAUUAUCUGCAACAAGUUCCCCAGAGCCUGGUACAAGUGAACUUACUGGAGAGGGACUAAAGUCUAGUGAGGCAGAUUUCAGGAAUGAGAGUGAUCCUUCUUUAGGCCAUGACAAUGAAGAAGAGGAGGAGGAAGAGGAGGAGGAAGAGGAGCUUGAAAAUGAAAGUCGACCUGAGUCAAGCUUUAGCAUGGAUUCAGAACUAAGCCGUAACCGAGAGAAUGGUUCCAAAUCUCUGCCAGAUGAAAAAUCCCUUGUCCUAGGAAAAGUGAUAGAGAAUGUAAGCCUCGGUACCAUCCAGCAAUACAGUGACAUGCUGGCUGAAAAGCAGAAAAGAGGUGGCUUCAUGAAAAGGUCUUCAGAUCAGCGAGAUCUCUGCCCUCGAGACCUUUGCCAGAGAGACACAGGUGAUGAAGAUUCAGUUGCUGGAGAACUUGACCGCACUGAGGAAGGGACAGUGAAUGGGAGAAACUUUGGGCCAGGUGAACCCUUCCCAGGGCUAUUCCCUCGCAAGCCCACCCCUAUCACAAGCCCCAAUUUAAACAAUUCCUCCAAAAGAAUAAAGAUAGAAAAAGAUUUGGACUUGCCACCAGCAACAAUAAUACCUUCUGAAAAUGUUUACUCUCAGUGGCUGGUAGGAUACGCAGCAUCAAGGCACUUCAUGAAGGAUCCAUUUCUAGGAUUCACAGACUCUCGACAAUCCCCCUUUGCAACUUCUUCUGAGCAUUCCUCAGAGAACGGAAGCCUGCGUUUCUCUACUCCACCAGGUGAUAUGCUGGAUGGUGGUCUCUCAGGGCGCAGUGGGACGGCAAGCGGAGGCAGCACCCCUCAUAUCAGCGGACCAGGUCCCGGUCGACCCAGUUCAAAGGAAGGACGGCGGAGUGACACGUGUGAAUACUGUGGCAAAGUCUUUAAGAACUGCAGUAACUUAACGGUGCAUCGCCGGAGCCACACAGGAGAGCGGCCUUACAAAUGUGAGCUCUGCAACUAUGCAUGUGCCCAGAGCAGUAAGCUGACACGUCAUAUGAAAACGCAUGGCCAGCUAGGGAAGGAGGUCUACCGCUGCGACAUUUGCCAGAUGCCCUUCAGUGUUUACAGCACCCUGGAGAAACACAUGAAAAAGUGGCAUGGCGAACACUUGCUGACAAAUGAUGUAAAAAUUGAGCAGGCAGAAAGAAGUUAAGCCCCCCACCCCCAACUGGGUUAAAAGCAGGGGUCUAGGUAACAUUUAAAUUGUACAGUUUAACUAUUACCAAUUGAGAAAAGCUGACCUAACUUGCCUCCAUAAACAUAUCUUAGUGUAACUAUGGCAGGUGCCAGAAUUUGGCACUUAAAUAUAACCUGUGUCUACAAAGUUCUAUUAAACCUGAGGAUUGGUUAAGGCAGUAAAAAUUGUGAAGCCUUUUAACUGUGCAAUAAUUUCUGUAUUUAUUGGGUUUUUUGUUUAUGUUUUGGCAUGUGCAGGUACUUUUUUAAUACUUUUUUAUUUUAGAUUUUUUUUAAAAUUUUGUUGGGUAUUCCAUUUUAGUUUUCCCCAAUAGUAACCUGAGAUUCUUUGCAUUACAAGGGGAGAUGCAUAUCAAUUUAAAUUAUAAUUUUAGAGGGCCGCUGCUUUGUUGAAUCUUACGCUGAGUAUGUGUAAUUUCUUGUGAAGAAGCCAACAUUUUAUGUUUUUGUUGUUGUUGUCCUUUAAAAAGAAAAAAAAAUCAUUUGAGAAUUAGGAAAUAUUAAAUAGUGUCGCGGAUAACAAUCUUAAAAUUUUAGCACUUUCUUUUGGAUUUGGAUUUAAAAAUUAGCACUGAUAAUGCCACUUAAAAUAGAGGCCUUUAUUUAAAAUAUUAUUUUUAACAGAUUCUAAAAUAAGCAUUUUGAGAAAUUAAAAAAAAUGGGCACCAAAUUUUCUAAAAGCAGCUAUAAUAACAAAAGCAAUAGCAAAAUUUGUGCAUUAUUGUUAGGGAAUUUGUUUAAAUGCCUUAUCCAUUUUCUUUUCUGCCAUUUCUGUUAUAAAAUUUAUUAAGUAAGGAGAAACCUAGAGUACUGAGAACUUCAUUGCCAAUCUUAGGAAGCAAAACAGAAAGAAAAGCUUGAAUUUUUUUUGCAGGUAUGCCACUUAUCCUUGUUCACAUUACACAUUAUGCACAUGGUAAUUUUCACUUGAUAACCCGAAAAUGUACAUUUACAGUAACUGACCAUUCAAUAUCAAUAUGCAGCAAAGGACUAGUCAGUGUUUUAAUUGAAGAAUAGUUUAAUUAGUAAACUUGUGUGAGUAUAUGUGUGCAUCAAGAAAUGCAUACACAAUAUGAGUAAAAUGAUAUUUUUAUGCCAUUCACUAAAAUAACCAUCAAAUCAUGUUAAAUCUGCAUAAAUUUGCUUAGGAGUAAACAAAACCUCUUAAGAAACAGAUAUAUUUUUGUUUUAGAAUAUGUUGCAGUAGGUGUUCAUUUUAGAGGAAUCAUUCCAUGUGUGUGAAGUGAAGGGAUACAUAGUGUACACUCUGUGUGCAAAAAGUUCCAGUCAUUUUUUUUUUUUUUUACAUCCUCAGGUUGGGGUGGGAAACAUCCAUUUCUAAAAUUCUGCAAAGUGUUUUUCAUGUGUUUGGCAAUUCCAAACUGGACAAAUUAACUAGCUAUCCUAAAACAGACAGCCUAUUUUAAUAGGAAAAAAAUGCUUUUUCUUAUAUGAUGUUUACUAUUAGCAAUUUAUAAAUUAUAUUAGUUGACUAACAAAAAAGUUGCCCAAUUAAUCAUAGGUUUCUUUAUUUACUUAUGGUACAAUUGUACUGUAUACUGAGAAUAUUGCUCUGAGAGUAAGCCCAGUUAAAGAUCGUGAACAUGCUUUUUAAAGCUGAUUAAUCAAUUAAAGACUGCGGCUCUAAAUCUUAAACUUUUAGCAUACCACAAACUUUUUCUAAAUGUUGUCCUGAUUAAAUAGAUAUUAUUUAAUUAUAAAAUUGGUUAGUCCUUUUUCUCUAGUUUAUUUUAACAUUCUUUGAAAAGGAAAUUCCACACAAUUUUAACACUUUGCAGCCUUCAAUGGAAAGAAUUGGAUGCCUGCUAAUGAAAAAAAGGGAACUUUAAACAAGAUGGAUAAUAAACAGAAUUUUAUAGUGUAUCUAUGUCACUGGAAAACUAGGUAUUGAUACAUAAUAUGCUAUGCUAGUAACUGAAUAAAGAAAAAAACCCAGUAAUAAACCAUAUCAACCACAAAUGGAAAGUGUAUCAUCUAGCCCUUUCCCCAAGGAUUAGUUUUUGGGACCAGUAUUUUUAAACUUAUUCAUAAAUAAUUUAAAUUAGGGUUGAGCAGCUAGCGGUUAAUUUGCUGAUGACAUUUCAUUAUUUUAGGUGGUUAAAACAACAGAUUGCAAAGAGCUCUAAUAGAGUUCUUUUUAAACUGCACAACUGGGCAUUAAGAAUGGUCAUUGCAAUUCAGAAUAAAAAAGUGUAUUACCAUGUACUUUUUAAUUCCUAAUUUCAUAAGUAUUUUUAUGAGGUCUAGCUGGCACAGAUAUACCCAGAAAUUGAUUUUACAAAUAGUGAUAGUUAGCUUGAAGAUAACAUUGAAGCAGUGUACAGUUCUUAUAAAAACAACAACAGCAAAAGUUGCUCCACAGUAGGCAUCAUUAGGAAAGGAAUAAAAAUAAAUAAAUGUCCGGAUACUAUAAUAUCUUUAUAAAGAUAUAUACAAUAGUUAUAUUCAUGAUAUAAUCACACUAAGAUAUCUGCGUAUGUUUCUGGCCACAGCAUCUUAAAAAAAAUAUACUGGAAAAUGUGCAUGAAAGGCAACAAAAUUAUCAAGGGGCAAGAGCAAUUGCUUUGUGAGGAAACAUUACAUCUGGGACUUUUUAGCUUAGAUAAAACAAGUAGCUUGGGAGAAAACAAACACAUAUAAAAUUAUGCCUACUGUGGAGAAGCUUUUCUUUCAGUUAUUAGAAUCAGGAUUAUCCGAUAAAGUUUAAUGUUGUGAGAUUCAGUAUAAAUUAAAUCUGCUGUUACACACUAUAAUGAUUUCUCCCCCCCUUCCAACUUUUAUGCCAAGUGGUUUAGAUAUUUGGUGUAUGAUUUCUUCAUCCAUAACUACUAGACACGAUGGCCUUGCAUUAUUUCCUGAAUCAAAGAUAGUACACUUCAAAACACCAGUUGCUGUGGAACAUAAGAGGUUCUAUGAGGUUCAUGUCUUAAAAAUAAAAUUUCCAACGAUAUCUAGUUGCACCCUGUAAGAAGAAAGAGCAGGACUAGUCAGGACUUUUCAGCAUGACUUUUCUUAAUGUGAUUUAAUUCAUUACUUUUUUUCUCUAAUUGAAGAAAAUCAUAUUAUAUAAUCAUAGCACUUAUUGAACAUGCUGUGUUCAGACAGGAUCAAUGUAUGAUUCUGGAACCCCGAUGAACAGAUUUGAAAGGUGCCUUUACAUAUAUUUUCAUCACAUGGAAUGCCUAUGAUUUACAUGAAAAUCUACAGAGUUCUCAUGAAAUCAGCUGAAGUCUUACUCAGGCUCCUAAGAUAAUGCUUAAAUUGGGCUCAUAUUUAAAGUUCAUCUCCCUUUGAAAUGGCCAACUUAAAAGAACAACUGAAUAAACAGUAAGAUUAUAUGUCCCCCUAACUUUGCCCAGUAUUUAGCAGAUACCAACUAGCAUAACAUCCAACACCCUAAUAGUUGCCUUAGAAACAGCCUACCAGCCACAUAUGGUAGUUCACCAAAGCUUCCUGUUUUGGCUGCUUGCCGGAGAUACAAAAGCAGAGAUUUUCAAGUACCUGGCAGGCCCCUAUAUUGCUGGUGAUUUGUAGUCAGCUUGUACAGAUUUCUAACUAAUGGCAUGCUGAAACCAAUACAUAAUCAUCACAGUUAAACACUCAUGGGAACACUUGUAAGAAUACUAGACCCCAAGAGUAGAAUGCAAACAGCAUUUUCUUUUAAAAAAUUGCUCUGGUUGCAUAAAAACAUGACACAACUCUUUAGACAAUCUUCAUAGUUUUUAAACUAGUUCAAAACAGGAGUGGACACAAGGCAGAUGUUGCUCUCCAAUUUAGUGAAAGUUUAACUUUUGAUUGGCCCACGGGUAUAUUUGCACUGGGUUAUGUGCCAGCAACUUUUUAUUAAACAUACCAAUGCUUUUAUUGUUGCUAUGGUCAUUCAAUCAACAUGUUUCUUAAGAAAACUUAAGUCUGAUAGUAACCUUUUCAUUGGACCAGUAAUAAGCUCAUACCCAACAAUGAUAGACAUAUUGGGUACAACAACUAUUAUAUAAGGACCAACUGAACUGACGAGGCAUUUUUUUUAUUAACAUUCUCAUAUAAUGCACAGUUAUGUUAUUGUAAGCAAAAUAGGUCAACAACCAGUCUUUUAUGUGGGUGCCAUUAAGACAACUUGUAAGAAUUAAAUUUGUCAGGAAGGUUUUAAAUUUUGCAGCCUUUCAAAUGGUACUAAAAUGAUUUCACUAAACUCCUGAGUUUGAAAUUGCAGAUCUGAGUCCUUUAAAACAAAAUGUAAAAUACAAUUUCUUUAUAAAUUCUGAAUUUAUACAAAGCUCUUCUUAAUGUCUGAAAUUAAAACUUUCUUAAGAACUCUGCCAUUCUAAAUAAGAUGUUUUGGGCUUAUGCAUUUUUUAAUUUAGCAUUUUUUUUAAAAAAAAGAUACAUUGUUUUUGUACAUUUGUUUUGCCACAAACAUUUCAGUCCCUUUUUACACACUGCAUAGUUAUUGGAGAUUUUCAUAUAUAUAUAUCUUAAAGAUUUUUUCCAAUUAAAUUGUAAAUGGUAAAUAGAGGUUCUUUCAAUGGGAGUUGCUGAAAUGUUCCCUUGAAUUACUGAAGUCACUAAUCAAUUCAUUGUUACUUCUGUUUGAAUAUUUUAUUGAAAACCCUUUUAAUUCGGAACCUUCAUUUGGUAAAUAACAUUGAUUUGAAGAAGAAAAUAUAUUGUAGUAUUUAUUCACUUGCUUUGCUUUUCUGUUUCUAGUUCCAUGGUUCUUCUGAGGGAAGCAUGGACAGUGGCUAGAAGAGAUAGAGGCUCUUCUUCAUUUUCUUCUCCUCAACUUGAGUAUUUUGACUGAGAGCAAAGCCUAAUUUCUUUAACUGACAUGUUAAUUGAUCAGACCUGGAACAAUAUGCUUUCCCUUAUUUACAAAGAUCCUUUCAUCCUGACAUAUAAUACUUUUUGCGAGUUAUUAUAGCUCUAAUUCUUUGCUGUUCUUUUAGCUUUUCAGAUCAGAACAGAUGCCCUAAGCUGAAAUGUCAAUCUUUAUCUGUUUGUAUAUGUUUGUGUGCUUUUGAUGUAGUGGUUAAGUCAUCAGGCUAGAAACUAGGAGGCUGUGAGUUCUAGUCAUGCUUUAGACACAAAGCCGGCUAGGUUAUCUCGACUAGUCACUUUCUCUCAACCUUAGGAAGGAGACAAUGGCAAACCACUUAUGAGAAACUUUGCCAAGAAAACUUGCAGGCAGUCUCCAAGAAUUGACAUAUUGAUAUUGGACGGAAGGAAAAACAAAACACACGUGAACACACAUAUCUAUAUACAAAUCUUCAUACCCUAAGACUUUCUAGGUAAUAAUUUGAAACCCCCUGAUAUAGUUAGUAUACAUUAUUCUAAAAUUUACAUUUUGAUUCUGUUGACCCGCACUUUAAAGCUAUUUUUUUUUGUUUAUUUGUUUGCAUUGAAGACCAGUGGCUUCUAAACAAGAAAUUACAGCAUUUUUGUCUUUGCUUGGCCCAGAGAUGGGUGAACUAUUAAAGGGGGACAUCUGAGAUUAAGUGUCAGUGUUGCUAAGCAUGGCAUUCACAAUACUGGCACUAUAAAAAACUAAUAAUAAUUUAUUGGACAGUUUUUUUACUGCCAUUCAAUUUGAUGUGAGUGCCUUGAAAACUGAUCUUCCUAUUUCAGUCUCUUGAGACACAUGCAAACAAUUUUUGUGAAAUGAAAAGACUUUUCAGAAAAGAUAGAACAAGAAAGGUAUGUUCUUUAGAUGAAAAAACAAAGAGCCACAUUUACAUUUUUAAAAAAAAGUCUGGUUGAAGAUAGUGGACAUGAAACUGCCAUAAGACCCAAUCAAAUGAAGAUGUAUAUCCAGCACAACUUCGGACAUCCAUUUGCUGAAUUAUUCUCAGCCUUUCUCUUUUUUUUCAGGACAACGCUGCUUAGGAAAUGGAAUGGAAAUGAUUUACUGCUGAAUUAAAACUCAAAUGACACAAAUUGCAAGUUGUUAUCAUUGAAUGAAAAAUAAUUCAGGAACAACGGCUAAUUUUUUAAAAAGUUAAAUUUAGUGCACUCUGUCUUAAAAUACGUUUACAGUAUUGAAUACAUACAAGGGUAAAAAAAUGUGUGUAUGUGUGUUUGAGCAAUCUUUUUUUUUUCAAAGUUUGCUUAAUAGGUUAUUAAAAAUGCCAUAAUGGCCAUGUGUAUAUUGUUUUCUUUUGGUGACGGGGUUUUAGUAUAUAUUAUAUAUAUUAAAAUUUCUUGAUUACUGUAAAAGUGGACCAGUAUUUGUAAUAAUGGAGAAUGCCUGGGCAUUUUACAAAACCUGAAAGAAAAAAAAACUUUUCUCUUUUUUCCUUGAAAAUGUUGCAGUAAAAUUUAAAUGGUGGGUCUAUAAAAUUUGUUCUUGUCACUGUAACUGUAAAGUCUGAGUUUUAGUAUUUUUUUUUCUGCCUUGGGUGUUGAAUUUUUAUUUCAAGAAAAAAUGUAUAGAAACUUGUAUUUGGGGAUUAAAAGGUGACUGCUACACCAUGUAGAAAAAGUACGUAGAAAAAAAUGCUUAAUAUUGUUAUUGCUUUGCAGAUUUAAAAAAAAAAUCACAUUUCUGACCUGUACCUAUUUUUAUCUCUUCCUCCCUUCCCCACCUUCUCCCUUCCCUCUUCUUCUGGAAUGAAUAUUGAUAUUGGUUGAUUCAUAUAAUGUAGGCACUUGCUGUAUUUUUACUGGAACUUGUAAUUUUUUAACUGUACGCUUGUCCUUUUAAAGGGAUUUAAUGUACUUUUUUGUUAGUGAAUUUGGAAAUAAAAAUAAAAACAAACAAACAGGCUGCCAUAAUAUAUUUUUUUAAUUUGGCAGGAUAAAAUAGUAAAAAAAAAAUGUAUGUCAAAACCUUAUUGUACAGAAGAGGGUAAAAUACAACGGUUGUUUGACAACCUGUGGGUAAAAGAAAAAAAAAACCAAUUAUUAUUUUUAAUUAUUGGAGGGUGCGAUAGGGGUAUUAAAUUUUGUUUCAUUUAAAUUUUUUGUUCACUAUUUUAGUUGUGUGCACGUGUAUAUAUAUAUAUGUGUGUGUGUGUAUAUAUAUAUAAAUAUAUAUAUAUAUAUAUAUAUAUAUAAAUAUUUUUUUCUGUCAGAAAUGGCCUACAAAAAAAACUGCUUGUUCCUUCAAGGCAGUAAUAACUUUGAAGCUGCCUGGACCCCUUGUAUCAAGGCCUUCCCAGGUAUUGUUGAACUAGGUGGUUGGCUGUUGUCUGUUGUUAGAAGAAAUUUCAUUUUUGAGAACUUGUUUGAUUUAACAUUCCAUAAUUUCCUUCACCCCAAAGGGAGGCGACUUUUUCCUAGCAAAUGUAAACUUUCUAGCUACGUUCCAUAAAACAUAUAUGUGUGUUUAAGGUAUCCAGAGAUACUGAAUUAGAUGGCACUGCAUCUCCUGAGGGAUGAAAUGGUCUGUAUGCUGUCCUUCUCUCAUCAUCGAACAGAAGGUAGUACUCUGUCAACUGUGGGUGCCAGACCUAACUCACCCAACAGUACAAGGUUUUCUACUAUGUAAAGCCUUCUUCUUCAGAGGGGCCUGAUCUGGAGACUUUAUGGGAUCAGGGUACCUGUUUAUUUCCACAUUCUACCCUAUUCUCUUCACAGCUUUGAGGUGAAGUCAUUUUAAAAGGAAAAAAGAAGAAAGAGCAGCAUUCUGUUGAGUACAACUGUGAAUUGCAGUGGAGUAAAAAUUAGUCCAGGCACAUCCUCCUUCCCCCCCACCUUUCUGUAAGAAAGGGACCAUUGUACAGGUUUUGCCAGUCUAUGUUCUUUUGUCUGCUUUGCUGCUACUGUUGACUCCUAAUUGUACAUUCCAUAAAUUUUACAAAUAUUUGAAGGACUAGGAUGAAAUUCUGUACUUAUUUUAUUGACUAAGUUAUCGUUCCCCUCCAUCUUUUAUUUUAUUUGGGUGGAAUAAUGCAGGGAGAAAUUGCUGAAGUCUGAUGAAAAAGCUACUGAUAACUUUUUACCUAAGAGGAUUCUGGUAAUGUUAUGAAAAAAAACCAUUGAGAGAAAUUGAUCACCAAAACAAAACAUAGAUUUAGAUCUAAAAUGUCUCAGAGGGCUUUUUUUGACCAUGGGAUGUUCUUUCUGCAGUGAAGAGAUGCUACUGAUGGAAAGAUAGAUCUUCAUUAAUUCUCCUUUCCCAGCAGUCUUAUCCUCUCCCCAAUUUCUUCCAUCCCUGAAAACAUUUUUCGCUAAAUUUAGGGGCAGUGAACAACAAUAACAAAUAGGUGAGGGUCUUGUUCUCAGUGUAAAAUGUCCAAAUGUAACUCUCUUCAAGAAAUGCUACGGUCUGGAAAAGAAGAUCCAUCUCUUCCAAAUUAGGGAUAAAAUAAUGCUGAAAGAAAAAUCCAUUGUGGAAAGACAGUUCACUGUAUCUCUAAUGAACUUCAAAUAGCAGAUAAUAAUUUAAUAAUUUAAGUUCUUAAAGGCAUAUUCGACAGUAUUUUAUAGAGCUGAGGUGACGCAGUGGUUAGAGUGCAGUACUGCGGGUUACUUCAGCUGACUGCUAGCUGCAGUUCGGCCAUUCA